UUAAAAACAAACAUUAUUGUAUUGAACAAAUUUAUUUACAAACAACAAGCUCCAUUACAACGGUUUAAGUUCCAACACAAAACGCAAAAUCAAGAGAAGAGGUUGUGAAUAAUAUGGCAUCAAGAUACUGGAUUGUGUCUCUUCCAGUACAAAAUUCGCACACUUCUCUUUGGAAUCGCUUACAGGAGCAAAUCUCCAAACAUUCCUUUGACACUCCUCUUUACAGGUUCAAUAUUCCUAAUCUCCGCGUUGGAACUCUCGAUUCACUUCUUGCUCUCAGCGAUGAUCUCUUGAAGUCAAAUAGCUUUGUUGAAGGAGUGUCUCACAAGAUCAGGCGACAGAUUGAGGAAUUGGAGAGGGUAUCAAGCGUGGAGAGUAACUCUUUGACUGUUGAUGGAGUACCGGUUGAUUCUUACCUCACUAGGUUUGUUUGGGAUGAAGCAAAGUACCCAACAAUGUCACCUUUAAGGGAAAUUGUUGAUGGCAUUCAUACUCAAGUAUCAAAGAUUGAAGAUGAUCUUAAGGUUCGUGUUGCUGAGUAUAAUAAUGUGCGCAGUCAACUCAAUGCUAUUAACCGGAAGCAAAGUGGAAGUUUAGCUGUUCGUGAUCUCUCCAAUCUGGUCAAACCUGAGGAUAUCAUUACCUCAGAACAUCUUGUAACGCUCCUUGCAAUUGUCCCCAAGUAUUCACAGAAAGAUUGGUUGGCCAGCUAUGAAACAUUGACUAACUAUGUGGUCCCAAGGUCGUCCAAGUUAUUGUAUGAGGAUAAUGAAUAUGCUCUCUACACGGUCACACUAUUUGGCCGCGUUGCAGACAAUUUCAGAACUGCCGCACGUGAAAAGGGCUUCCAAAUUCGAGAUUUUGAAUAUAGUUCAGAAGCACAAGAAAGUAGGAAGCAGGAGUUAGACAAAUUGGUCCAUGACCAGGAUCAUUUGAGAAGCUCCCUUUUGCAAUGGUGUUAUACCAGUUAUGGGGAGGUUUUUAGCUCCUGGAUGCACUUUUGUGCUGUACGUGUUUUUGCAGAGAGUAUUCUAAGAUAUGGUUUACCACCAUCUUUCUUGGCAUGUGUUUUAGCUCCAUCAACAAAGGGUGAAAAGAAAGUGCGAUCAAUUCUGGAAGAAUUGUGUGACAGUACACACAGCACCUAUUGGAAAUCUGAAGAUGAGGGGGGCGCAAUGGCUGGUUUGGGAGGUGAUGCUGAUGCUCAUCCAUACGUCUCUUUCACGAUCAAUCUUUUCUGAUUGAUGGUGAGUCGCGGUUCUGUGUCUGUACUCAUUUCAGCAUCCAAGUAAGUGUUCCUCCAGAGAGCAAUAAUAAUGGGGCGGAGUUGAAGAUAAUGUAUAUUAGAAUUAAUAACUCCAUUCUUUUGUUGUUAACUUGUGAUCUCAUUCUCAGCUUCAAUGAGGACAAUGGGGGAGAGAUCUUGUCGUCUGAAUUUUGUAUUUUUCAAAGUUAUAUUUUACAAGGUUUUGCUCUCUGUAACUAGUGACUAUUAACGCUCUAGCUGGACCUUCAAUUUAUUAUGUUAUAAUGAUCUGCAAGCUUUGAUGCACUUUUUCAA